GCGGAUAAUUUGGUCCAGCACUGACGCGACGCAGCUGAGCCGUGCGUGUGUCCAGCGCUCCUUUAAUUACUAUUGUUAUUAUUAUUAUUAUUAUCUGCCACUGCUGAUCUUCUCGUUUAAGAAAGUGUACAUUUAAUCUCUUUUAUGUUUUACCUUGUUGAAACACGGCCCUUUUCUUUUGAGUGGCUUUUGGAAUCGCUUAUUGCACAGCAGAGGAGAUAAUUUGCCUGUUCCGUUUGGCGCCGUUUAAUCACCCACACAUACACCACUAUAGAGCACUCACCACAUCAUACACCUCGUCUGCACCUUCCUGCACCAGGUCAAUUGCUUGCGAUUGUUUGUAUUCUUUUGUGUUUUUACUGUCUUUUCCAAACUCUUUUACGGCGUUAACAUGGUCGGACGUCCUGCCAAAUCGCGGCAGACGUCUACGCACGCCACACCUUCUCCAAAAGCAUCUGUAGUCGCGAAGAAAGGCCGCCCGCCUUGUCGCGCACCGGCAAGCGCUUCGCGUCGAGGCAGCAUUCACGUGGAGGUCAUCCACGAUGAGGAGGCAGAAAGCAUUCACAGUGACGGGGACAGCCAAAGCAGCAGCAGCAAUAGCAGCGUGCGCGACCACAGCGUGGACUUCGUUGAGGAGCACAAAGAUGACACCGCCACCUCACAAGUCACUUCAUCUGCUUCUCCUCAAGCACCACCAGUUAUAGUCGUCGAUCAAAGUACGGUGAAGCGUGCUGCGCCGACCUCACGGCGCUCUCCACCAUCUCCGACGGUGCACACAUCUAGUGGAGAUCAUCAACAUUUUGCGUCUUUCACCUGUGUGUCAGACGGCGAGGAGGAUGCAGAGGCACAACAUCGAAGUGCCGUUCAACUAAGCCCGCCAAAGGCCGUUGCGUCGUACAUAUCCGCCGACGAUGACGAAGAUGAGGAAGAUGGUGAUAUCAACGUCAGCGAUAUACAGCAGCGGCCAACAUCUUGCACGAUGUUGAGCAGCGCAGCGCAACGCAUUCCCCCUCGUGCGAGCUCGUCAUCAUCAUCCCCUGCCGCGGCACCCCUAUUGGGUGUUUCACGGCUCACGGACUACUUCACCUACGGCUUUCAAGCAGCGAUGACGCACUAUGCAGAUCACUUCUGUGAAGAAGAAGUAGAUGAGGAGGAAGGCAUUCGCCAAGCUGCAGAGGCCGUUAGGGCUGGGGCGCGUUAUCGAAACAACUUUCUCACUGAACAAGAACGCUGCUUCAAACGAAAAGGAGCAAACCUCUCCAGUCUAUCGAGUAGUACGGCAACCUACGACAGCGACGCCGAAGCUUUGCCUCCUUCGAAGCAGCUUCUAGAAGAAAAGCAGGAGGAGCAGCAUUUCCUGGAGCCGCAGCAAACCUCCCUUUACCGUGUCCCACCAUCUUCUUCGAUCUCACACUCCGUCACUGCAGGCUCGUGGUCUGAUGCAGCUCCACGCACGACAACAACACACGCGCCAGCAGCAUCAUCAUCCACCACCCGGCAUCCUCUCAAGCCCUCUGCCAACCGUGCGCCUGCUUCGCGAGAUGCCGACUGGAGGUCUGGCCAUGCGCAGGCCUGCUUUCGCGAGGCUCUACGCCGCGCCUACGCGUGCGAGGACACGGUGCGGGAGUGGAGGCGGGAGGAGGUAAAUCGUCAACAGGAGCAAUUGAUUCGUUCGCUGAUGCUGGACAGCGGCGGUGGUGGUGGUGGUGCGACAUCUCUGAACGCAGCGGGCAACAAUCUCAUCGAGGGAGAAGCACGAACAGGGCAGGCGGCUCGUGGACGUCCUCGUCUUGCAUUUCAAGGCUCGAAGCAGCAGCAGCAGCGGACAGCCGACAACGCCGGACUGUCUUCGACACUCUCCGUCAUUGCCGAGUACGCGCAGGCAACUGAGGAAGCACCCGGCACAGUACGGGCGCCGGCGUCUACGUUGAACGGCUCUGACUAUCUUCAAUACGCAUCGAAUGCACGUGCGAGACACGCCGUACAGAGCGAACAGCAGCGAAGCAUGGCGGAUCUGUUGUACGCCGCGGACGACGACGACGACGCAGAAACCGAAAAGCCGGCUGCUCGCGCUGCGGCAUCAACGGCGUUGAUGGGAACUACUGCUGCUGCUCCGACCGCCGUCGUCACGACCACCACCACCACAGCCGCGACUCUUGCUGACACCUCGUCCCGGCACCGUCUGCAGGUGCUGGGCCCGACACAGCUGUACAAGCUCCGCCGCACGCCAAACGUGCUGGUGGACACCGUGUUAAAGCACCACCGCGAAGCGCAGCGGAAGCAGCGGGCGGCGCAGCACGCCGAGGACCAGGCCGUGCGCGUUCGUCGUCUGUACGAGCUGCCUGUUCUGACGGAGGACAUCGUACGCUACGCGGCGCUCUUACUGUGCCUCAAACGGUCGCACAAGAAGUGUACGAGUACCGCUGGGGCAGACCCCGCCAACUUCAUCGGCGGGGGGAGAAGCGAGCACGAUACCUCUCCACCGUCUGCCGGGGAGGCGAAGCUGAUGUCCACCCCACACGCAGCGACGUCGCCUACAAUAAGCACGACAAAUGCUGGUACUACUACUACUGCUGCUGUAAUGACGUCGUCGUCGUUUCCCAGUACUAGCGACGCAGCCGACAACGUCCCGCCGUAUGGUGAGGAAGGGUCGCUGCUCUACAUGCGAUACCCCGCCCCGCUGCUGCGCACCACCUCGUUCGCCGUGGAGACGGUGCGGCUGCUGAAGUGGCUGCGGACAUGGCGGAACAGCGGGUCUGCCGCGGCGGGCACUUCGCCCUCUCCGCCCGCACCGCUGUCGACGCCGUCCUCUGGCGGGAGCCAGCGGAAGCGUGUGAAAACGGAGGUUUCUACGGAGAGUCGUCAGCGAAACGUAAAUGUCACAGCUGUGGAGGAGCUAGGCCAGCCAGCGGCGUCGUUGAGUGCUCUUGGUCUUGUGCCCGCCAAAGUGGAAGCCCGACCAGUGCAGCGGUCAACGGUUGAAGAGGCACACAAGCAGCUCCAGCACGCACAGCAGCUGCGUGAGACACAGGCGAGGCAGGAAAAGCGCUCGGCUUUCCUCAAAUUUUUUGGUCCCGCUGUCGCCCCUUCAACCGCAAAUGGAGAACAUGAACCAGUUGAGGUCGAUCCCGUAGAAAGCGAAGAUGAGACCCUCAUUGCUAACGUGAAGGCUCUCGACUCCUUGUCGACUUCUUCCUCCAUCGCAAAGACGGAGGCUUCGUCGUCAUCCACCACCCAGCAACGCACAUGUGUAGAGGAGGAAGAUGAGGAAACACAUAUAACGCAGCAACCUCUGCCCCGUGCACCGGCGUCUCCUCUUGCGAUCAGCAACGGCAUCGUGCAGAGUCCCGUCGUGCCACCGCCGCCGCCGCUGCAGAUGAAUCCGGGGGUAUACGCCUACCAACUGUACUGUCACGCCUGGAAGCACGCCGUGAAGACCGGCAUCACCCCUCUCGCCACCGCCGCCCAGGUCUUCGUCGGAUCGCGUGAAUGCACUCUAGACGGCGUGUCCCCGCGAGUGGUUGGCCGUAGUGCUGCGGAUCGACCGAGGCACACGAAUGAAGAAGACUGCACACUUGCAGACAGCACGGCAGGAACAAGCCGUGGUGUGUCCCGCGCCUGUAAAGCCCUUCCCUUUUAUAAAGAAAUGCAGGAAGAAGCGCAGCACACCGCCCUCGGCUCUGCCACCCGCGGCGCCUACUACGAAGACGCCUACGGCAACCGUCUCCGCAGUGCUCGACUGGCGCAGAAGGAGCGGGAGAAGCAGGAGCAGCUGGCUGCGCGGCGCCGUCGGUGGGCAAAGAAAAAGGGCUACUUUCACCGCGACGACGCCGAGGAGGGAGCGGCGGGCCGAUCGGCGGCGGCGAUGUUGGAGGCGAUGCUGACGUCUACGGACGAUUCUCGCCAACGUCGUCACGCGGCGGUGCCGAGCCGCACGCACGAUAAAAAGCGCAGACGGGAACGCGACUCGGGCAGCGAGGACGAGCCCUCUCCAGUGCACAUCAGCGACGGCGACGACGACGUGCAAGAGACAGCCAAGCCGUUCAGCAAGAAGCGAACAGGUCGGGGCAGACCUCGCGCCCGAUCGAGCUCUUCUGACUCCUCCCUCUCCAGUGACAGCAGUGGCAGCGACAGCGACGUCGGCGAAGUUGCAAACGAGGGCGAGGCAGCGGCGAAGGAUGAAAUUACGAACAUCGCCGUCGUCUCCGGCCCGACCGGCUCCGGCAAAACGGCCGCCGUGUACGUCGCGGCGCAGUUGCUGGGCUUCCGCGUCGUGGAGAUGAACGCGUCGGUGCGGCGGUGUGCGAAGACGGUGGAGCACCUGCUGGCGGAGCUCACUCGCAGCUACCGCCUCAGCGGACUUCGCGCCGGCCCCUCCGGCUUCAACGCGGAGGAGGAGCUGACCAAACUCCGGCAGCAGCACGCAGCGUUGGUGGAGAAGGCGAGGGCGGAAGCCGCGGCAGCGGAGCGGGAAGCCGAGCAGAAACGGAAAGAGGCGCGCAAGACGAACGGCAUUUCCGCACAGGCCGUCGCGAAUUUCUUCUCAAAAGGCAGCAGAAGCAGCACCGCCAAAAAAGUAGGCGGCGACGCGGCCGGUACGGCACCCGGUCGGCAACAGCAGCGGAAGACCGUGAGCGUGGACGAUGCGGCAGAGGAAGACGCCGUAGUGCAGGUGCCGCCACGACCACCUUCACCAUCAUCACCACCACCACCGCCGCCGCUCCCUUCGUCGUCCUCCACCGCCGCCUCACCCGUACCGACACCGGCCUCUUCCUCCGUCGGCACACGCACCCUUCUCCUAUUCGAGGAUGCGGACAUCCUUCUCGGCGACGAGUCCGCCAAGCCCUUCUACGCCGCCAUUCGCGACCUCGCCCACCGCAGCAAAGUACCAAUCGUGGUGACGGUGUCUGCCGACUCCUCGCCAACGCAGCGCUAUGAUACGUCUCUUUUUCUAUCUCCAGAAAUGGCACGCCGGCAUACCACAAGCGCCACGACGACGACCACAGCGACGACAAGGUCUGGCCGAUCAUCAGUACCCCUGCACUCCACCUAUUGGCAGCUGUGUGAGGAGGUCGGCUUAAACACACCGAUGGACUCCCUCGAGGCCGCGUACAAUGCCCUGCAUGCCUCUCCUGUCUUGGGCGAUCGCCCCAGCAACGCCGUCACGAGUGACAACGCGACAGGCAGCAGCAGCCCAGACGGCGCUACUGCUCAUGCUGGAGGGAACUCACCCCCAAGCAGCCUCAACGGAGCAGCCUCCAUCAUGUCUCUCUUUCCUCCGUCGAGCAUGGCGGCCUGCACCGGUGGGCCUACCGUGGCAUCUGGCAGUUCGAAUAACGGCGCAGGUGCGACAAUGAUGUCGUCCCCCGCCGCUACCCACAACGGUAGUACCGGCAGCACCUCCACAACCAACUCCCUCGCCGCUCGCCACACGCACAUGCUGCUCAGCGCCUCACUUGUCUCGAACUUCUUUGGAGUGCGGACGCCGUUUACCGUGGUGGAGGCACUGCCCCUGUCAGCCCUCUACGCCCAGCUGCUCGCCGUCGGGGCAGUAGAGUUGGAUCUUCUCCACUGGUCCCCUCCAUCGCGUCCAGAGAGCCCAUUGGUAAGCGCGAAUCCCUCCGUGAUCUUUCCUUCUCCGCUCGUUGCAGGGAACUCCCAGCAGCCCUCGCAGCUGCCCUCGACGCCGUUGUCGUCGUCGUCGUCGUGGCAGCAGGACAUGGACCGGCUGACCAGCUCACUGUGCCUGCGCGACCCGGCACUCUUCUUUGAACUCGCCGCCCACCUCAGGCACGCGCUCUUUGGUGUUCGAGUAGAGGACACAGUCGAAGGAAGUGGAACGACAGAGAACGCAGCAGCAGCUGUAGCAGGAGAAGAUCCUCGCAAGCGAAAGGCCACGCUACCCCGCGAGCCCACUUUGUCCACCGCAAUCCAGUGCGACGCGGCUGGUCGCACCACCACCGACAUUCGUUACUGGCUAAAUCGGUUGCAGAUGCUGCUGCUGAGCCUGCGGGCACGUGUGCGCAGCGUGCAACUUCACGAUGAUGAAGCGCUGACCAGCGCGAGGGAACACGACAAUCCGAAGUGUUGCGAAGUACCUCGUCCGCCACGUAGUGACGAUGCAGCUGACGAGGAUUGCAGCACAGCGGCUGAAGACGGGGAGGAAGGUGAAGCGGGCCCGUUGCCCUGCCGGCAUGCGGAGCGACUGCUGGAGGGCGAGUUCCAGCACUACACCAGCUUUGCGGCGAGUACGUGGGAUCGCGCACUCGGUCAGUACAUGGCGCACCUCUCGCACAACGAAGGGCAGAGUAGCCGCUACGAGUAUUGGCUGCUGGACGACCACGUCGACUACGUAGCGGACAUCGUGGGGGAGUUGAACACGCAGAACCACCCUACGCUGCACGUCAACUACACGUCCCCACCGGGUGCGAAGUCAUCUCCGUCCCCACCGCCUGCAUCCGCGCGACGUGGGCGGCCUCCGUCAUCCUCCACGGCGGCGGCAGUCAACGUAAAGCAGGGCGGAAAAGGCAGCAACUCCAACCCAUUUCCGGGCCCUCCUAUGAAAGUUGCAUCAACUACCUCUACGAGCGCCAACACCGGCAGCACCUCUGCCUCCACAGACGGUUUGAACUCUUCGUGGAAGACGCUCUUUGGUGGAACAAAGGAAGGAGGGGUGACAGCUGCCCCUACCACGCUUCCAGGCGGUCAGCGAACGUUGCGUGGCUCCCCGCGCAUGCCUUCUACUGCAGGUGCCACGCCGGCAACUUCAGCCUACGCAAGUGGUGCUGUCUCUGAUGUGCCGGCUCGCUAUGAGUGGCCUCCCACCCUGCAUGAGCUACGCAAGCAGGCGAACACAAACAGUAGCGCCGUGCGCCUGCGACCCGUCGAGCUGCUUCUCCCCUACAGCACCGCCCAAGCCUACUACGACGCCGUCGCCACCUCUGCCUCUUGCAAUGCGUUAACUCGCGUACCGGACGUUGCCGAGCCGUCGCCUCUCUUGUUAGGCCACGACACCCCGCUGCACUUCGUGGACCGCCAAGGCGGACGUGCUAUGAUCGAGGAGGAGGGCGACUACAGCGAGGUGAGAAGUGAGCUGCCGUCUAGCGUGCACGUGACGCAGGAGGAGCGCUUUGCGGUCUUUCGGCGUUGGUGGCGGCGGACGCGUAAAGUUGGCGCUCUGCGGGACAACGUCGCGGGGCGGUCCGCAGCAGCGUUGGAGGACAUGCUCGGUUACGGCUGUCUGAUGCUGCCGUCGCCCGCAGCCGCAUCGGGCAAUAGCGGAGGUAGUUAA